UUUCCUUUCCAUCCACACAUCCCAUCCCCACCCUACUGGUAGUCACGAUGACCUCUUCAGCUACCGCCUCUUCCAUCAACUCUCGUCUUGGCCCUGGACAAAUCUACUCACAGCCAUCGCUCACUGGUGCCGGUCAAAAGGACAAUACCAUCUUGGUAUCUGCUCUGGAUGCCUUGAAGCUUCACAAGUCGCCAGUGAGGCUAGAAGACUUCGCACUGACUCAUGGGCUGACGAGACUGGUCGAGGACGAGGUACUGAGGGAGAGAUUCAAGGGACAUCCGAGGGUGGAGUGGAAUGCCAAGCUGGAUCUGUGGAUGUACAAGCCUGAACACGAUCUGCGCUCCCCUCGCGACCUGAUCGCCCUUCUGGAGAAGCGGUACACCUCGGAGACUUCGCGCUGCGCAGGGAUGAGGCUGGCUGAGCUUCGGGAGUCCUACCCACUCGCGAAGGAGGCCGUCGAAGACUUUGCAAAGACAGAACCAAAACAGGAGCGGGAAGUCUUGGUCCUCAGAGGUAAAGAUCAGUCUGCAAAGAUGGUCUUUUGGAACGAGUUCCGUGGAGAACAGGCAAAGGGCCCGGAUGAUGAGUUCCGAGAACUGUGGCACCAGCAGAAGGUCCCCGACGCAGUGGAUCUCGCUCGCUCUCUGGAAGCAGACGGUCUGACUUCGGCAAACCUCAUUGCAUCCACGGCCACUCACUCCGGCGCAGCCAAUCGCGGUGGCAAGCGUGGCGGACGAGGAGGCAAGAAGGGGGACAGCAGGGGCAGGAAGGUCCGCAUCCAGAACACACAUCUGGAGGGCGUGGAUCUGUCCAAGGACUACACUGCUCAAUGA